GUUAUAUGAGCCGUAUUAGUCGUCGCUUAUUCAUCGCUUGUUAUCGAUCGCCUUCUGCAUGCCGUAUCGAUCGCUUUGGCUUCUCGAGACCUGCAACAAUAAGGUGUUUAUGUUGGCACAUACGGCGGAGCACGCAUCGAGCACGCAUGGAGAACAAUGGAGGAAAGAUUAAACAAACAAAGUUACAAACCUUUUAAAAAGGCUCUUGCACUGGUAACGAGUUAGUCUCUGUCGGGUUUCCAAGCUGUAAAGACGGAUUAAUAAAUCUGAACAAAUCCAUAUUCAAUUUAUUUAAUUACUUACCUGCGAAUCUACGUACGCUCUGCAAUACGUACACUUAACUGGCGCUGCGGACAGGAUACUGCGAGGCUGCUGAAUCGAGAUUCUCCUCCAAUACCGUGACGGAAAUCAUCAGAGAGGAAGCGGCUGGUGUUUCAACCCCUUCGUCGCAGUACUUUUGGGACGUCAAGUUUGAGGCCCACCUUCGAACAGAGAUUCACCUGUAAUCAUCAAAGAAGAGAAUAUGUCUACCAAUAAAGAAGACGAGUUCAAAACAUGCUAAGAACGGAAAGCGGUUUUCUCAAAAGCGGCGCUGUUUUAGCCCUGCUAAUAACACUCACAAUUUUGCCUCACUUAACAACAGGAUGUCAGUUCUAUCCGGUCGGAGAGUAUUUAAAGUUCGUGAGGGUGGCAGAGAAUCUGCGCGUCGGAGUGGAGAUUCUUACCCUGGAAGCACACCCACGAAAUCACCUAACAAUAAUGCCCGUCGACAAAGAAGAAGACUCAAAAUACUUUGCCUACAAGGACGUAAACAAAACGCACGUGUCGGUGGUAUUAGCGCAGUCGCUGGAGGAUCUGGUCGACGCGGACGCGCCACGUAAUCUGCUCAAGUUUCGCCUCGGCUGCGACUACUCGGACGGCAGCGAUUCCCUGGUCUCAUCGCACUUGUCCGUGACGGUCUACGUGGAGGACGUGAACGACCAUGCGCCACAAUUCGUCGACGCGCCUUAUCACGUCACCGUAGACGAGCUAACACCUACAGGUCUAACAAUUUUUAGGGGAAUUCAUGCUUUUGACAAAGAUAAACCUAAUACUCCAAAUAGCGAUGUACAUUAUGCAAUAAUAAAGGGUAAUGAGCAAGGUAAAUUCUCUCUAGAAUCAGGGCACAGGACUGCUUUGAUUCUUAGGAAGCCAUUGGAUUACGACAUUGGCGAUAGAGAAUACGUCCUUAUCAUAAGUGCAAAUGAUCGCGGCACACCACCAAAGAGUACGAAUACGACUAUUACAAUAACAGUAGUCGACAAUGAUGAUUUGGAUCCUAAAUUUACCCAGGAAGUUUAUCGUACGGAGAUUUUCGAAUUCUAUCCGAUGCCAAGUCAUCCGAUUCAUAAGGAAAUCGAAUUCGCGACGCCAAUCCGCGCGAUAGACCAGGACCGAGAUAUAGACGUGCCAGUGCUCUACGACAUCAUAUCCGGCAACGAGCGCGGGCUCUUCCAUCUGGACCCCCGCAACGGCACACUCUUCCUGGAUCGAGCGAUCGACCUUGACGCCGAGCGUAAUCUGCCCGGCAACACGUUUGUCCUGCAGAUUCACGCCAGCCAGAUCGACAAUCCCCUCAAGGUCGCCAGCGCUAGAGUCGAGGUUGAGGUCCUCGAUCUCAACGACAAUCUGCCAGAAUUCGAGGUCGACUUCUACAACAUUAGCAUUGUCGAAAACCUGCCCAAUGGUUUCAGCGUCCUUCAGGUAAUAGCCUACGAUCGCGAUCAAGGCGUAAACGGUGAAUUUACGUACGAGCUGAACGAUCCAUCAGGCGCGUUCUCCGUCGAUCCGAUAUCUGGAUGGCUCACGGUACAGGACCAAAGCGUCCUCGACCGCGAGCAAAAGUCCUUCCUCCAGAUGAAGGUCCUGGCCGUGGAAAAGCAGCCGAGCGUCGUCAAACCUUACAACGGCUCCUCCUCGGUCGAAGUCGAGGUGACGCUACUCGACGCCAAUGACAACAAUCCAGUAUUCGUGCCCGGAAACUUACUCGAACUUGUAGCGCAGAGCGACUUCAAAGUGGGCACGAUUCUCGGACAGGUUCACGCAGUCGACAACGACUUGGGUACCAACGGUUUAGUGCGCUACAAGCUGCAGCGGCCAGGCAACUUCACCGGUAAGAUGCCCUUUGCCGUGAAUUCAGAUACCGGAGUAAUAACCGUGGCCGACAGCCCGAUUCUCGAGGGUCGCCACGCAAUCUUCAUUGAGGCAGCGGAUCAGCCUGCCAACCCCAGCGAGAGACGAUUCUCCCUCGCUGUGGUCACCAUAGAUGUCUUCAGACCUGAAGGCCAAGGAUCGAAGGCUCCUGACUUCAUAGGGGCACCGUAUGAGUUCUGGGUCGGAGCCAACGUACCGGUUGGCACCAGCGUUGGUCAAAUCAGAGUGAACGAGGCUGUUAAUGGAAAUGAGGUGGUCUACGAUCUUCUGCACAGCUACCAUGAGGGAGUACCGUUUGCUGUGGAGGAACGCUCGGGUACAAUAACUGUGGUGGACGAGAUCGAGCGUUACAAACAAUCGUCUUACGACUUCGAAGCGGUCGUUACGAACGAGAAGAGUCUGAGCCUUGUGACCAACGUUUCCAUACACGUGGUCGACCCGAACGACGAAAGCGGCAUUUUCGCCAAGGGCACGACGAAGGCGCCGCUGGUGUUCCACGUGAGGGAAAAUGCCGCAGGCGCGUUUAUCGGACACGUGGUGCCGGCUAACGCCAGCGACAGCCUUAAGAACGUACACUUCCUCAUCGCCAACCAGCAGGAUGUGGCUGAAAUCGCCAUAACCGACACCGGGGUACUAUACACGCCCACAGGCUUAAACAGAGAGAAGCGCCAGAAUUACAGUCUCACCGCUAUUGCCGAAAGCCCCCGUGGCGUCGGCGUCUUUCAAGUUAUGAUAAUUGUCGACGACGAAGAUGAUAACGCUCCUAUAUUCUCGGCGAGUGCUUACGAAGGACGCAUCUCGGAAAAUAGUCAGACGGGCACGGAGGUGAUUAUGACGAAUCACGUAUCAGCUCGAGACCCAGACGAAGAUUCCAGUUUUAUGUUUACUCUCAGGGGCGAGGGCAGCGAUUUAUUCCGGAUCGAUCGAAACACAGGACGGGUCUUUUUCAUCGGUAACGCCACGGAAUUACUUGAUCGCGAAGAAAAGCCUCUCUACAAUCUCCAAAUUGUCGCCGGUGAAAGAAAGAAAAAAUCGUCAAAUGUAUCGCUGACAAUCCAUGUGGAUGACGAAAAUGACAAUCCACCAAGUUUCGUGCAGAUGGUUAUUUUGCCAGACCAGGGCAUUCGCGUUUCCAAAGACAAAACUGAUAAAGAUCCAGCACCAACGCAGCUCACUUCCGUGACCAAUAGCGACUACCGUUCCCCGCUUCUCUACGUUCCGGAAAACGUCACGAUCGGAAUACCGAUAAUUCGACUGGUAGCUCGUGAUCCCGACGAUGGUAAAAAUGCUGAGAUCACUUACAACAUUUUGUCGGAAAUCGGUGGACGAACCUCCUUCGAUAGCAAAACCAAGUCUAGCUCAGUUGUCAAGCGCUACUUCGUCAUGGACUCGAGGUCCGGCGAGAUUUCGGUUGCCGGAGCUUUACCUGCUGAAACUGAUAUCGUGCUUGAAAUCGCUGCCAGAGAUCAUGGCGGACUAAUGGAUAAUGUUACCAUACGCGUGCAUGCCUUCGAUGUCAACGAUCACGCGCCGGUGUUCAAACAGUCAUGGUACUUAUUUGAUGUACCCGAAGGAAAUUUCAAGAGGUUUGAGAUGGGCAGGUUCGAGGCCACUGAUGCAGAUUUUGGGGACAAUGCUAAUAUCACUUACGAGCUUGUACCUACGAAUUUGGAUAACAGUGUCAAGUUUGAAGUAUCUAGGUACCAGGGGACAUUUUCUCUCGGCGGAAAUCUUGACAGAGAAACGCGCGACUUGUACAACUUCAAAGUCAUUGCAAAAGACGGUGGCAAAAUUAAAAUGUCUUCCAGCGUGGACAUUGAGAUACACGUGCAAGACGUAAACGACAAUCCUCCGAGAUUCUAUGGCUUUCAAGAGAUGGGAAGACUGCCGAGCAAUUUGGUUGAUGUUUAUAGAAAGGAUUCGAAGCAGGUACUGGUGCCUAUCUAUUACGCCUCGGUACCGGAGAAUAGUCAAGUAGGAACGAUUGUUACCAAAAUUCAUGCCAACGACUCUGACUUUGCUGGAAAUGGAAAUGGAGUUAUUCUCUUUGACAUACCGCACGUUAGGGGGCAGAUGCAGUACUUCUCUAUCGACAAUAAGGAAGGACUUGUGACCACCGUUGGAAAUCUCGACUACGAAACCCAGAACGUUCAUAACUUGACAAUCGUUGCGAGCGAUCUGGGAUCACCAAGUCUGACUUCCACCGCCUUACUAAUAGUGCGAAUCCUUGACGUAGAUGAAGGGCCAGAUGAACCAAAACGUCCAGUUUUUCAGCACCGCUACUAUGAGGUCGAGGUGGAAGAAAAUUCUCCCGUACCGAUGAGGAUUCUAGAUCUAAAUGUAUCUGAUAACAACAAAGACGAGCAGAUCCGAUAUAGCAUCAUUUUGGACGAGGGCGACGGGCGAGAACACUUCUCUCUCGAUCCAAAGAAUGGCUCACUGUUUUUGCUAACAAGCCCGGAUCGAGAAGUCAGGGAUCGCUACGAACUAAAGGUCAGAGUGGACAAAGUCAAGACUUCCAGAGGCAUGCCGGUCAUGAUUUACCCGGUAGUGGGCAAGAGACUAAACGGAUUAGGGCCCAACGAGGCGAAGAUAAUCCUCAAGGUGAAGGAUGUGAAUGAUAACGCGCCUAGAUUCAAGACGAAUGGCAGGCCCAUUCUGGCGGUGCUCCCCACUUCGGCUUAUUAUGGCUAUAACGUAAUCAAAGUAGAGGCAGAAGAUCCGGACGAGGGCGCAAACGGCCAAGUGCGCUAUCAGAUACUCGGGGGCCGAGAGCAGGACUCGCCUAAAUUCGCCAUUGACCCAGUGAGUGGUCAAGUGCAGGCAGCGGGCAACUUCGCCAGGGAUGCCGGCAGAGUCUUUGGCUUUGAUGUCAAGGCUACCGACAGGGCCGGCGCCGAAGACGGGCGCAGCAGCAUCGCCAACGUCUUUGUUUACGUUCUCGAUGACAAUAAGCAGCUAGUUAUGAUAAUGGGGAAAAAACCAGGAGAAAUCGAGCCGGAGAUUGAAAAUAUCACUAGUGCGCUACAAAACGUUACCGGAUUAGAUGUACGAGUUAGAAAAGUCGAGCCGCACACAGAAAAGAAUCUUAUUGAUAUUUCUUCGAGCGACAUGUACUUGUAUGCUGUAGACCCGAACCUGAAUGUCAUGAUAGACACGGAUACCCUCCAAAACGUUUUCCAGAGCAAAAAGUCGGAAAUUAAGCGCGAACUGGAGCGCUACAAGCUACUGGACAUAGCGGGCAGCAAGCAGCGCAAGUCGAGCCAGCACUAUCUUCUAUCGACAUUGGAAGUGGCAGUAGUCGUUCUGGGUUGCGUCGUCUUCGUCGGCGCCCUCGUCACAGCUCUCUGCGUCACGUGCGUUCGACGAAAUAAACGGCGUCAACGGUAUGGCUCGAGCGUGUUUCACAUGGGAGCACCGGUUGGCUUCGCUUUGGCGGAGCCCGGCGCGGGCAGCACGCUGCGGAAGCCUUCGCUGUUUCCCUCGUACGUGGGUGGACUCCACCAUUACGAUCCAGCUGCUUCCUUCUCCGGAGAGAUGCGCCAACACAGCUUCUGCGAACACGAGCCUAAUUGCGUCCGUUUUCACAGCUGCAGCAAUACGAGUACCGCAGGCAACGGCGGUGGGAAGCGUGGUGUACGACGUACUACUGCAGGCCUGGAGACUUCAGCAACGUCGCUACACUCGAGCGGCCAGGAUUCGGGCAUCGUUGCAGGGGGCCUGCGUCCCUGCCACUGCAGUAACUCUUCCAGUCCCUCCAGUGGCGAAAGUAGCAAGUCAGUCUUUUACCGGAACUCACAAAACGGCUACGAGGACUCCUUGAAGUCUCUCCAGCAUCAGCAGCAGCAGCAACGUCGCUCUCGUCAUGGCCACGACCUCAGAUCUGGUAACAAUAACAAUGGCAACGGCAGCAACAGCAACAACCCGCAUAGCUCACAACUCUCGCACAAACGACACCGAUUCCACUCCUUUACGAAUCUCGAAUCGAUUUAUCAACCGGAGCCAAAUAGUGGUGGAAGCGCAGGCCUGCAGUGCGAUAGGCGAUUCCAAACGAUGAUGCUAGAUCAGAAACAGAGGCACAGUAACAACGCAUUCAAUAGUAGUACAGCCAUCUACUCGACAGUUCAUCGGCGCACAUUCUCGGAAGCUGAAAACCUCAAUAAUAUAACGGAGACUGUGAUACAGGAGCGUCCGCAGCCUCCGCGAUCGCUUGGCUCGAUCGGCACUUUACCAAGCAGUGGCGGUGACGGAACUACGUCUUUUCUCCACGGUAAGGGCAAAGCAAUGCUUGCUGGGGUGGCAUCGGCGACUGGCGGUGUCGCUACGAUGCUCCGCUCGCCCCCGGAUGGCGAACGCAUCAUUUACGCCAGGCCGAGGAGAAACUUCACUUGAAAGAGCACCGCGGUCCUGGCAUUGAGAUAGUGCAGUGGACUCUAAAAAAGACCUCGCGGUGCACCAGACGUCAUUUGUAUAUGAAGAAAUAAUCAAUUUUUAUAUUAAUUUUUUUUUAUACAAGAGAAGUAGCUUUAAUUUGGUGUACCUGAAAAGCCGAAAGAUAUUCUUCGAAAUUAAUUUUGAGAUUCAAAUUGUAAACUAAUAUUUGCUCUUCGUUUGCUGGUACUUUGCGUGGUAUUCCGUGCAGAUCGUGUUACACUUAGAUCACGAGUAUCGUGAAUAUAAUAAAUUAAUCUAUUGACUAUGAUUUUCAAAAACAAACUAAUAUAAAAUAGAGUUAGUUAUUCACAUUGAAUCAAUGAGAUUGGCGUGCCUUAUGUUCCGAUUUCAAAUGUUAAUAAUUUAGAUAUAUCAUUUGUAAAAUAAACGACGUUAAAGUUAUUUUUGUACUUGCAAGAUGUAAUAAUAACUGUAGAAAAUAAGAAAGUUUAAUAUGAAAUCAUGUCUUUUAAUGCAUGAAAUACAUUGUGCAUAGUGUUACCUAAAGAAAAUGUAUUCCAUAAAAAAUUACAGUAAACCAACUUUUUUUAACGAAUUCAUUAUAAUGUUUAUCACCAUAACUAUUUUAUAUUAACAGCUAUGUUUUCUACCUAGAAAAUAUGCAACGAAAAUUUUACUGAUUAAUCAUACAUUAUUACGUCGUAUUUCCAAUAACAAGAUUCAUAUUUUAAUACCUGAGAUUUUAAAAUUAAAUUUAUCAAAACCAAAUAUAGUGAGUUUGCUUUUAAAAGAACACUAGCUAUUUUUUCUUUAAUUGCAUAAUGUAUACCACACAUUAGAUUACGCAAUGUAUAUAUCGUAAAAAUUAAUUAUUAUAUUUAAAUUCAACAAAUCUUAUGAUUUCAUGCACGAAAAUUCUCUCGUUAUAUUUAUUCGCAUUUACUAUACACUUGCUUUUUAAUUAAUAAAUAUUAACAUCUAACCAGGAGUGUACUUUUGCGGAAAACUUUAAUUUGUCAUACCAAAUAUAAUAUUUUGUCUAUGAUAGUGUAAUGUUUGACAUAAUAUAAUUAUAUAACCUACAUAUCAAUAGUUGAUUAAUUACGUAUCUUUAUUAUAAUCAUAUUUUAUAAGUUAAAAUCAUGACUAUCUAUUAUUCAUUCCCACUAAAUAUAAAAUUGUAUAAAAACUAGUAGAGUUCUAACAUUUUCAUCAUUCAGCUACCUAACAAAGAUUCAUAGAAUGCAGCGCAUAUUCUGCAAAGCGAAAAACUCACGGUGGGGAAGGUUCGCUAUCAGUACGCAUUGGCAAAUAACCCAUUAAAGAGUGACAAAUUUAUGACAGAUUCUAAUUUUAUUUUUCAGGAGUUCUCUUAAAUAACCAUAUGCUGUACUGAAUACCCCAUCAAGUAUUUAUCGCAGAAAAAGGCAAUGUUCUCUCUUUUCUCUAUUUGACGAUUUCAUCUAUUUUAUCUGUACAUAAUUAAAUGUAUAUUUAACAUCCCUAGUGGAAAUCCAAACUUUAAUAAAUGGCCUCGGAAGUAAAAAUAGCCCAGCAAAAAUAGCAAUAAAUUAGCUCAUUGUGAAACGCUUUUAUAGCACAGUGUGGCUUAAAUCUGCGUUUAAGUCAGUCUAUCUGUGAUCUAAGUAGUCCAUUAUUGCACCGUGAAUAUCGCACUUGCAGUACAAUAAUGCAUUAUGCAUGGACUGCUUAGAUCACGGAUAGGCGUGACUUGGCAGAUUUAAGCAGCUGUGCUAUAAAAUUGUAUACGAUACUCGUGAACUAAGCAGCCCAUCAGUGCACGGCUCGCUGCGCUCGGGCGCUAAUACACGCCGUGCAAUAAUCGGCUACUUAGGUCACACGUAUCGUAAUAUACUAUUUCCACCAGUUCUUGAGCUUAAAGGUAGGAUAAACAUAACCGCAAAAUAAUUGAAUCAAUUUCAUAGCAAUUAUGAUACAUAGUAAAUUCAAAGACAUUGAGAAAUCAAUCUCACGAUUUUCUUGCGGACACUGCGUACAAAAAUAUGUGCGAUAUUUUUGUUCUUUGAAUUUUUUAACAAACACAUUUAUUCUAGAAUUUUUAUACUCUAGAACUAGCCUGUUCAUGAACAAUUUCUCGAUUAUAUCAUAUCGAAUCCAUGCGAUCCUCACUAGGAAAUGCUCAGAAAUGCACUAAUCUUAUAACUAAUGGUUGACAACUGUUAAAAAACGUUUCAUUAUUGUAAAAUAAAUAUGGGUAGAAAAAAUGUUGAGUUCCUGCCUAGUAGUAUAGUGAAAAUGGCCAAUUCCUAUUGAAAAACUUUUUUGUAUUUCCACCAGAGAUAUUUUUUUGUAAAAUCUUAUCCAUGUAUAAUGUACUAUCUUUAAAGAUAACAUGUAACAUAAAUAUAAUGAUGCACUAUACGCUCACUUAUUCAUAACUUAACAAAAAAUGAAAGCUUGAAUAGAAAAUUUUUAUUUUCUUUAAACUUGUAAAAAAUCGUGUAAAAAGAAUUACUAACAAUUUUCAAAUAAAGAAUAGCAACAUUUUGUUUUA